UGAUCCUUCUUGGCCAUCACCUCUUCCCUGCCCUAUGGCGGCUCUCACGGACCUCUCCUUUAUGUACCGCUGGUUCAAGAACUGCAAUCUUGUCCGAAACCUCUCAGACAAGUAUGUCUUCAUCACAGGCUGUGACUCGGGCUUCGGAAAACAACUGGCCAAGCAGCUGGUUGAUCGAGGCAUGCGGGUCCUGGCUGCUUGUCUCACUGAGGAGGGGGCCCAGAAGCUUCAACAAGAUACCUCCUACCGGCUGCAGACCACCUUAUUGGAUGUCACCAAGAGUGAGAACAUUCAGCAGGUGGCCCAGUGGGUGAGAGACCAAGUGGGAGAGCAAGGCCUCUGGGCCCUGGUGAACAAUGCCGGUAUAGGCCUGCCCAGUGGUCCCAAUGAAUGGCUGACCAAAGAGGACUUUGUGAAGGUGAUCAAUGUGAACCUGGUGGGACUGAUUGAAGUGACCCUCCACAUGCUACCCAUGGUCAAGAAAGCCCGGGGCAGGGUCGUCAACAUGUCCAGCUCUGGUGGUCGUGUGGCUGUCAUUGGCGGUGGCUACUGUGUCUCCAAGUUUGGUGUCGAGGCCUUCUCCGACAGCAUCAGGCGUGAGCUCCACUACUUUGGGGUGAAAGUCAGCAUCAUUGAGCCGGGGAACUAUCGGACAUCCAUUCUGGGCAAGGAUAGCAUGGAGUCGCGCUUGCGGAAGCUGUGGGAGCGGCUGCCUCAGGAGACCAGAGAUAGCUACGGAGAGGAGUACUUCCAUGCCUAUACUGAAAAGCUAACAAACAUGAUGCAGUUGGCAGAUCCAAAAAUCAGAGAUGUCGUCAACAGCAUGGAACAUGCCAUUGUUUCCCGGAGCCCCCGCAUUCGCUACAACCCUGGCCUGGAUGCCAAACUCCUCUACCUCCCCUUGGCUAAGUUGCCCACCCCUGUGACAGAUUUCAUCCUGAGCCGGUACCUUCCAAGGCCAGCAGACAGUGUCUGAACGAGGGAAGCCCAAGGGGUAGUCACUAGAGUAUAGA